GAACAGGACUAGCCAUAGUAACAAUUGGGAGAAUAACAAGGAAAACGAACAAAAGGAAAGUAAUUUUGGAAUGCAUUGUUUAAGGUGUUGUAGUAAUGUUUUUAUUGAAGGGAUAUCGAAGGAGAUUGAAGAGAUAUCGAAGGAUAUUGAAGGAAGAUUGAAGGGAUAA